CAUUCCUCAGAAGAUUCAGAAGGAAACCCUUCUCAUAUUUCUCUGACUGGGAUUUUCUGACUCAAACAUCAAAGCCUAAAGUCGCUUAGAGAGAGAGUGAGGAAAGAAAGAGAUCAAUGGAGGCUGGACCAAGUAGGGCUGCUGUGAUGGGCUAUGGAGAAAACAACAAUAGCAACAACAUAUCUGCUAUGAUGAUGAGCCACAGCAAUUGUAGUAGCCAAAGAUCAAUCUCUGCUUUCACGCCCAAAGAAUUCAACCCGACUACUAACACUACUACAGGUUCAUCAGAUAAGGCUAAAAUAUUGUCUCAUCCUCACUUCCCUCUUCUCUUGGCCGCCUAUGUCAACUGCCAGAAGGUUGGGGCACCGGUUGAAGUGGUGGCGAGGUUAGAGGAAGUAUGUGCUUCUGCGACGGCUUUUGGUGGGAGUAGUGAACAUUAUCGGCCAUUAGUAGUUGGUGAGGAUCCAGCACUUGACCAGUUCAUGGAGGCAUAUUGUGAGAUGCUAACUAAGUAUGAGGAAGAACUCACCAAAUCCUUCAAAGAAGCCAUGCUUUUCUUGUCUAAGAUGGAGUCCCAGUUCAAAGCCCUAACCCUAGAUUCCUCUUCUAUUUCUGGCUUCAAUGGUGACUUAACAAACAGAAAUGAAUCUGCUGAGGACGCAGUUGAUGUGAGUACUGAUGAUGGCCUAGAUCCUGAAUCCCAAGACCAGGAUAUAAAAGGUAAACUUCUGCGCAAGUACAGUGGUUAUCUUGGCAGUCUCAGGCAAGAAUUCACGAAGAAGAAAAAGAAAGGCAAGCUACCGAAAGAAGCUCGGCAACAGUUGCUUGAUUGGUGGACCAGACAUUACAAGUGGCCUUAUCCAUCAGAGUCGCAGAAAAUGGCGCUCGCGGAAUCGACUGGUCUAGAUCAGAAGCAAAUCAACAACUGGUUCAUCAAUCAGAGGAAACGCCAUUGGAAGCCAUCAGAGGAUAUGCAGUUUGUUAUGACGGAUCCUGGUUAUACCCACUAUUUUGACAUGGACAAUGUUCUUGGCAAUCCUUACCCCAUGGACUAGACGCCUAAGCAUCUCUGAUGGCAUUCCCUAGCUAGCUAGACAUUAUAUGCAAAUCAUUCUAACUAUAUUUUCAAACUCUCCAUCUCUCUCCUAACUAUAUAUUGCAUGCUAAAUGUUAA